AUAGUAAACGAAAAAUAAAAAACCGACAGCACACAAGUUUACAUUGAAAUGCAUACAUAUAUGUAUGUAUAUGUAUGAGGAAGCUUUUCAGUUGUAAUUAAAACAACAAGGAAAACAAAUUAAACACUGCAACAGCAACUACAACGUCGCAUAGCAACAAUUAGGAAUUUUUUAAAAUCCAAGUCAAGAAACUUCACACAAACAACAACAUGGUAGACUAUUACAAGGUUUUGGACGUUCCACGCACAGCCACUGAUAGUGAAGUGAAAAAAGCAUAUCGAAAAUUGGCCCUAAAAUGGCAUCCAGACAAAAAUCCAGACAACUUGGAUGAAGCUAACAAACGGUUCCGCGAACUUUCCGAGGCAUAUGAAGUGCUAUCAGAUGCACGUAAGCGUAAGGUCUACGACGCUCACGCCACACUCCGCAAAUCCUCAGCGAGCAGCAACAGCAGCUCCAACGGGUAUUACUCUCGUUAUCGCAGCAACGCUGCUUCAUCGGGCCGUGACUAUGACUACUCUUCCUAUUAUCCCAGCUGUGGGAGCACCAAGCGCGGUAAUCGCUAUUACACGUUCACCUUUCGAAAUUCUUUCGAGGGCACACCAUUUCAGAAGUUCUUUGAAAAAAAACGUCGCAUAUACGAUGAGUACGGCAAAGACGGCCUCGGCGACCGCAGUCAAAACCGCUCACACACGCGUCAUCAUUACAACACACAAGAAUUUGAUGAUUUCGACAUUAUGGGUGGCUUUCCGUUUGUAUUUCGUCCACCUGAGGAGGUGUUCCGUGAGUUCUUUGGGGUGAACUCGCCGUUCGCCGACUUCUUCAGAGAUGCCAACGGUUACCCACAGUCAAAUGGCAGCAGCAGUGGUGGCAGCAGUAGACGUCAUGGCGGUGGAAGUGCGCGCCAUCAUCACCAUCAUCAACAGAAGCUGUCCUCCCCGUUUGGAGCCCCUAUGCUAAACUAUUCAAUGAUGGAUUUUUUUAUGCCCACCAAUGGUUUUACGUCGUUUUCGUCCAUGACAAAUGGCAGUGGCACAACACACACGAGCGCCAGCAGUAGUAUUGGUGCACACAACGGAGCUGUUAAGCGCACAUCGACGUCUACAGUUUUUGUCAAUGGCAAAAAAUUAAUGACGAAGCGAGUCUUCGAAAAUGGAAAGGAGACUGUCUUCUCAUAUGAAAACGAUGUCCUUAAAUCAAAGACUGUGAAUGGAGUAUCCCAGAAGCUCUCUUCAAUAACGAAUUAAAAAAAAACUACAUUCAAACAUCAUCAGCAACAUAAACUACCAUCCACCAACACGAGCAGCCACAAAAUACCAGCGACAACAAAUACCAAGAAAAAGUCAUAAGCUUAAUCAACUAUAUGCUUUCAUAAUGCUUAUAUAUGUUACAAGAUUAUGUUCUACAUUAGAAUUUAGUUAUUUUCCAUUAAUUAUUGAAGAAAGUAGCAGAAACAACGCAGCGCCGCAGCAGCAAAGGACCAAACAACACCAUCAGCAGUAUAAACGACACAGCCGAAAUUUUUUGUUAAUAGUAAUUAUUUUUGUGCAAUUUUUCGAAUCUCCAUAAUGCAGCUAAACAGAAAAAUUUGUGGUGUGCGGUUUCGAAAAAGGCGAAAAGUAAUAAA